GCAACUCGCAAGCUAAUCAUCAGCUAAUCGUUAUCAUUCUCAAUGAAUGACUCUCUCUCAGCAAUUUCAGGAUAGAUCCAACCUGUCCACUUACUUUUGUUCAUUUUGAAAAAAGUUAUUCGUGUCAAAUAAUAUUUCACAGAGCAACAAAACAUUACAUUGAUAAUUUCGACAUGCAUGGAAGAAUAAAAACACGAACAACAGCAGAACAGGAAGAAAUAAAGAGAAAAGAAAGAGCUAAAAAGGUAGAACUUUACAAAGCGGGUAUCAAAGCUGUAUUCGAUAAGAGACAUAAAGCAGAAAAGGAUGAAGAGGCUUUGGCAGUGUCUGCUAAACUACUAACAGGAAAUCCAGACAUUUACACAUUGUGGAAUAUACGGAGAGAAGUGAUCUUGCACCUUAAGACUUGCAGAUCUGAAGAAGAACUUGAUCCAUUGAUGCACGAGGAGUUGCGGCUAACCGAGGCAUGUUUACGAACCCAGCCAAAAUCAUAUGGUACUUGGCAUCACCGUUGUUGGGUGUUGGAUCAUAUGACUGAUCCACCUUGGAAAAAAGAACUUGCGUUGUGUGACAAAUAUUUGGAUUAUGAUGAACGUAAUUUUCAUUGUUGGGAUUACCGGAGAUUCAUCGUACAAAGGUCUGGUGUUACUGCGGAGGAUGAGUUGAGGUUUACAGAUGAGAAGAUUGCCACAAACUUCUCCAACUACUCUGCGUGGCAUCUACGCAGUAAUCUGCUGCCUCAGGUGUAUCCAGACCCCAAGGGAUUAAAACCAAUCGAGGACCAUCAACACCAACAUGAGAUGGAGCUAGUAACCAAUGCAGCCUUCACAGACCCAUUGGACCAAAGUGCUUGGUUCUACCAACGUUGGCUCUUAGGCCGCCACGUCCCUCAGUUGAAGAUCACCCAUGUUAUAGCGACCAAGGAGAUAAUGUGUGUAGCUUUUGAUCAGAGCUUGAAUCCUGCGUCUAGAAACGUUAUGGUGAAAGCAUUCGGCAAUGAGGGUUGGCAAACAGUUGACGGAGAAGUAUCCGCAUUUGUCUGGAAAAGGGUGUUUUUAGAGGAGGCUUCAAUGAGUGAUCUGACAUCACAACCGAUAGUGUUGCACUUGGAUGGAGUAGAGACCCAGGUGGUAACUCUACAAGCUGAUAAGGACCAAGCUUGGUACAAGGAAAAGCCUGUGUACGAGGCCGGGUUUAGCCACGGCGUCACGGAAGUGUUGUGCGGCGUGCUCGAGUCCUGCGAAACACUUUUGCAGCUGGAACCUGAUACAAAAUGGCCUUUGUUAACCUCAGUAUUACUGAUGCAAGCUGUAGAUAGGAAAAGUUUCAAAGAACAAACAUUGGAAUACUUGGACAAACUAGUGAAAAUAGACCGCCUUCGAGCUAACUAUUAUUUAGACCUGAAAAGCCGGUACCUGAUGGAGUACCAACUGGAAGAAUGGAACUUGACAGGAAGCUUCAGUGUUGCCAACCUGGGAUUGACAGCUUUGUACCACUCACAAUACCUAUUGCUGGCACAAAAGGUUGACCUGACAGGCAAUCUACUCAGCCGCUCACUGCCAAAACUCAGCAGUCUGCAAUUUUGUCAGGAGCUGAUUCUGGACAAGAACAACUUAAACAACCUCAAGGGGUUCCCAUGUCUACCUAAUCUGGUGACAUUGUCGAUUAAAAUGAAUCAUAUAAGUGCUUUAGAGGACAUAGAACCUCACAUUACAUCAUGCUGUGUCUUAACCAAUGUGUUCAUCGAUGGAAACCCUCUGAGUGCCUCUUACGUGUUUAGCAAUGGUGCUUUUAAAAGUAAAUAGUAAACAAAGCAGGUAUUUAAGUGUAGGAUGUAAAAAUGCUUAAUCUUAUGCUGUACAUAAGUGAUUGUCAAAACCAGUAAUUUUGAAUCUCGAAACCCAAAAUGUGACUUUAAAAAUCAAAUCUUGAAACUCAAAACUCAAAUCAGGAAACACUCUCUACUUGCUUGGUUAUAGUUGAUAGAUUUUCAGACAAAAUUAGACAGUGCACAGUUGCAAGAUUCCUCACAUGAUUUCUUUGUUUUAAUAGCUUCUCUCAGAAUUGCUUUAAGUUUAGCUCAGGAUAAAAUAAUAUGAAUUUGAAUGGAAGUGUAUCCGUAUGCGGUAUUUGACAAUUGUAUGUCAUAAUUUUUUUGUAUUUAUCAUCAAAUACGCUAAAGCAAAGAGAUUCGAAAAUCCAAGUGUUUUGUGAGCUUUUAUAUGAUUUGUGAUAUUAAAAAGGACGCAAGAGUAGGA